GCAUAGUUUAGAUCAGACGGCUUACACGACUUACAUUAUCCCGAUCUAACAGCAGGAAAUUUGGAUCCAGAAAACACAAGGACUAGUUUUGUUCAACAAGCAAUUUCGAUUCACACUGCAUAUUCUCAUUCUAUGCGAUCGUUGUUCCUUCGUCAGAUUAGGGUUCGCAGAGAUACACAAACAGGAUCUCGCAAUUUCGUCCUAUUUCAAUCCACCCAACUCGUAGUGUUCAGUAAUAUCCUUCAAUUUGUGAUUUUGUUCCCAUUAUUAGGUCUGAAUCAUAAAGUAAUUGAAAAAUGGGUGGUCAUGGCGGUUUGAACAUCCUCCCUCAGAAACGUUGGAACGUUUACAAUUUCGAUAAUCGAGAAAAAGUCCGCAAAGAUGAAGAAGAAGCUGCAAAAGAGGAACAGCUUAAACGCGAACAAUCGCGAAAACGCGACACAGAGGUUCGUCUCGAGCGCCUCCGUGUCUCGCGAGGUUUGGCACCGACUAUUCAGCCUCGUGAAUCCGAACCAGAACCAGAACCGGAAUCUAAAGCCGAACCAGAAGUAGAAGCCGUAGCCGAAGCCGGUGAUUUAGGUCAUAUUAACCUAUUUGAAGGGAUUAAGAUUUUUGAUCCGAUUCGAGUACCGAAGAGAGAGUAUGUUGAUGAGAAAGAAGAAAUGAAGAAGAAGACUAAGAAGUUGAAGCUGCCGAAAGAGCAUGGAGAGUCCAUUCGUGCUGUUGGUCCUGAAGAUGAGAAAUAUAGGUUAGGUUAUGGGGUUGCAGGGAAAGGGGUUCAGUUGCCUUGGUAUGUUCAAAAGCAGAAACCUAAUGAUGAUGAAGGUGGUGUUAAUGGAGAUAAUAGUAGUGGUGGUAGGAAGGGUGAAAAAAGGAAGAAGACAUUGGAAGAGUUGAGAGAAGAAAGGCUGAAAAGGGAGAAGAAGGAGAAGGAAAGGGAGAUGGCAUUGAGACACCCGAAGCAGCAAAGUAGGGUAGAGCCUUAUGGCAGUAGCAGAUACUACAGGCGAUGAUUGAGUCAAGGGUCCUGCACUUUGUGAUCUCCCAGGAUUUGUCCUUCCUCAUAUGAGAAUUGUGCUGCCUACAUUCUUGAGAAUUUAUAGCAAAUUUAUGCAAGCAUUUUAUCGGGACUGUCCAGUGGCUCUUGGAGAAUAUUGUGACCUUGUGAAAGAUAUGGUGGUUUGAGUGAUGGAUGAAUCCACUGAAGUUCAUAUCUUUGCAGUCAUUGUCAUGUAAUAUGGUCAAAAUCAAAUGCUUUACCUAAUGAGAAGGAAACGUUUAAUUGUCCUGUUAUUAUUGGUUUGUUGUUUCUUAAACAUGUACAGGUGAACUGAAUACUGAACAACGUAUUAGUCAUUGCCAUGUAUAUGAAGAAAUUAUCUUUAUUAUAAUAAUAACAAUGAAAUUGUUUUUUAAGGAA